AUGGGCCAUGAUAUGUCAAUUAAUGGCACCCGCAAGUCAUUGAGACGAAAUGGACUUAAAUCUCGUAGAAAAGUAAAGACCAAUUUUGUUAGCAAGACAAACAAGCGGCUUCGAUUGGCAUGGGCUAAAAAGCAUAGGCAUCUUACUAUUGCUGAUUGGCGUUGUAGAGUGUUUUCGGAUGAAACAAAAGUAAAUCUUUGGGGCUCAGAUGCGGAGGAGCCUGGUUAUGGUACUACCAUUAUUGAAGACGCAAUAAACUCGGGCUUGUUUGUCGAUAUUUCGAAGACAUCAUUGAACGACACUCUUGAGCACUUUGGGAAGACACCAUCUGAUGUGCGAAUUCAACAAGACAUAGCAACACCGCAUGCCUCCGGCAUUACUAAGCGAUGGUUCACCGACAAUGGGUUUAACCUAGACAAAAUUAUGAAUUGGCCACCCCAAAGUCCCAAUCUUAAUCCCAUUGAACAUGUCUGGCAUCUCCUAAAGCUUCGUCUUAAUAGGUAUCCCACUAGGCCCUCUACAAAAGAAGAAUUAGAGCGGCGUAUUAACAUUCAGUAA